AUGAUGAAGAAGAAGAACUCUCCAAUCGUUUCAGCUAAUUCUUUGUUCAACGACGAACAUCUCCUUCUAUUUCCCAAAACAAUCACCCCCUCUAUCCAAACGUCGCUUCCCAAGCUAACCCCCCAAACCCAUCUUUUCUUGAAACUCUCUUUCCUUGCGCGCACUUCGUCGCUAUUCGUACCAGUAUGUCUCGCAAGUCAUGUUAAUGCCGCAUUGUUCUUCUGUCGCGAAUCUGCCCAUCUGUUCGUUCGCCAUGUGGCUUACGAGGAUGUUGAGAUUGCAUAUUGCAGAUUCGAGUCCAAUGCGGUCGAUGCCAUAUACGAAUCGAAGGAUGGCAAGCAGUGCACGUUUCGAGAUCUUCCAUCUUCUUUCAAGAUGGAUAGAUUACUAAGAGAUGAUGAAGAAGAAGAACUCUCCAAUCGUUUCAGCCAAUUCUUUAUUCAACGACGAACAUCUCCUUCUAUUUCCCAAAACAAUCACCCCCUCUAUCCAAACGUUGCUUCCCAAGCUAACCCCCCAAACCCAUCUUUUCUUGAAACUCUCUUUCCUUGCUACUACCCCACCGCUCCUACGUCUCAACCCAUCGGAUCGCCUUCCAUUCAAUACCCAUCAAUCAAUCCUGACCAUUUAUCCCCCCUCAGUUACUAUGAAAUCCAACGGGCUGCUGCUGCCGAGCUUGAUCGCUAUAUCCGGCUCCAGGAAGCCACCAUUCUCUAUUCACGCAUCGCUGACCCCAGGUUUGGAGAUCUUCCAUCUUCUUUCAAGAUGGAUAGAUUACUAAGAGAUGAUGAAGAAGAAGAACUUUUCAAUCGUUUCAGCCAAUUCUUCAUUCAACGACGAACAUCUCUUUCUCUUUCCCAAAACAAUCACCCCCUCUAUCCAAACGCCGCUUCCCAAGCUAACCCCCCGAACCCAUCUUUUCUUGAAACUCUCUUUCCUUGCUACCACCCCACCGCUCCUACAUCUCAACCCAUCGGAUCACCUUCCAUUCAAUCCCCAUCAAUCAAUCCUGACCAUUUAUCCCCCCUCAGUUACUAUGAAAUCCAACGGGCUGCCGCUGCUGAGCUCGACAGCUAUAUCCGGCUCCAGGAAGCCACCAUUCUCCGUUCACGCAUCGCUGACCCCAGGUUCUCUGCUCCCCAAUUGAAUGCUAUCGAUGCCGGCUUCGAGCUGCCUAAUGCUGACUUGGGAAGAUUGCCGCAUUGCUGUGGUUGCUGCUCUUCGGCUGUGAAAUCGUCGCUGGACCACCAACGGAUGAAGAGGGAGUAUAUCAGAGGAUGCUCGAAUGGCAAAGGCAGGUCCGGUCCCCCCACUGAUAAAAAGAAUUACAGAGAUGGGUCUGUUUCUCGAUUUGAUAAUGUGGGUGUUCUUCCACGGCCCCAACGCCCCUGCAACCUGCAGCUGCCUGCUGAGUACUAUUCCAUGAAUGAAUUUAUUGGACAUAUAGCGGCUAUGGCAAAGGACCAAGCUUGUUGUCGGUUACUGCAGGACAAGUGCGAUUUGGGGGGAUUGGAUGACAUCAAUGCCAUCUUUUUGGAGCUGAAAGAUCACCUUUCCGAAUUGAUGGUCGACCCUUUUGGGAAUUACCUUAUUCAGAAGCUCGCAGAAUUCUGUAAUGAUGAACAGAGGUUGGAGAUGGUCUUUGCAUUGACAGAGAAUGAACAUGAGCUUUCCAGUAUAUGUCUUGAUACGCACGGAACUCGUGCAGUGCAAAAGCUGUUAGAACAUCUCACAACCCCACAGCAGAAAUCCCUGGUUGUAUCGGCUAUUGCACCUGAUGCAAGCAUUCUGACGAAUGAUGUGAAUGGUCAUCAUGUCAUGUUGUAUUGCUUCAAAAACUUUAAGGAACAUACUGAGCACCUUACAAAUGCAAUGCUGGACCAUUGCGUUGAUGUUGCAACAAAUCGCCAUGGAUGCUGUGUAAUCCAACGAUGCCUAGAACACACCCAUGGAGAACAGAGAGAACAACUGGCAUCUGAAAUUACUGAGAAUGCACUUUUUCUUUCAGAAAAUCAAUUUGGCAAUUAUGUUGUGCAAUAUUUGGUGGAAAUGAAGAUACCGCGCUUCACAACCAAUGUUAUUCGACAGCUACAAGGAAAUUUUGCUCACCUAUCUUUGCAGAAGUUUAGCAGUAAUGUAGUGGAGAAAUGUUUGAAGGAAUCGAGUGAAGAGGAAGCUGCAUUGGUUAUUAGAGAGCUGCUUCCAAUUGCUGCGACACUUCUACAGCAUUGUUAUGGUAACUAUGUUAUGCAGUCGGCAUUUUUUGUCUCAAAGGGCCCCAUCCGUGAUACUAUAAUUGACCUUGUUCGGAAGCAUUUCCCUGUUCUGCGCAGCCAUCCUUUCGGGAAAAAUGUUGCAGCUUUAGUCAAUCCACGGAGGUAGCAUGUAAAUGUCGAAGGUAGGUAGAAAGGUAUCUCUAGUUCCAGUCAGGUGUCAGUUUUAGGUUGUAAAGAGAAUAACUAUUAGCAGUCUUAGGUUCAUUUAUCUAUUGGUUGUUGUUGGUCGGGAAAUGUUGUGAUUAAAGAGAGAGCUUUUGUGCAUUCCCCGGGGUGGAAUAAUUUGUGGCUUGGAAGUUGUGAUUAAAGAGAGCUUUUGUGCAUUCCCCGAGGUGGAAUAAUUUGUGGCUUGGAAGUGAUGUUGCGAAGGGUGUACACAAGCCUUUUUGAGGGGUGUAAAGGGAUAUUUUCUUUUUUAUGGCCUAUUACCUAGGUGCAUUUGUUCUUUGUAUUUGAGGGCCUUACGUGUUGCUUGUUAUACAUUGAAUUUUAAGUCAUGGAUUAUUAAAUACAGUUGAAAAUAUGGUUUCUCUUGUUAUUAUCCA